UUACCUAACUCACAUCCAUAUCUCCCACCUCUGAAAACCAAGGGAAUGGAUUAGCCAGUUGGACAGUAGUCAGUGCCAGAAAAAUUGAAGAAGCUCCCCAGCAACAUUGAAAAGGACGAGUGCGAAGGUUAGUGCCACCAGUGAUAAUAUAAACCCUUGAUCAGAGCUUAUCUACUAGAAGAUAAAAAACUAGAUAAGUAGAGCUACAAUAGAACACCUUUUAUCAACAAAUAUCAGUUGUCGAGCAGUCCAGCAUGAGAUUACUCUGUAUUUUUGCUACAGUAUUAUUUUAAAGUAGAGAUUGUUGAUGAAUAAUUAAAUCAUGGGACCAUACGAAGCUCUGCAUCAAAGAUUCGUAAACGUAUCCACAUCUGGGUUCACACUGCUGAGUAUUCUGGACCCUUCUUUCGAAGAUGAUCCAUCAAAAUUAAUUUACAACGUCAUGGAUAUUUAUCAUGAGAGAGAUCGCGAGAACUCUGCUGAUGACAAAUUGCAUGAUGCCUUUCGUACAUUGUUGUGUUAUCAGUAUCAACUUCACGUUGAAAAUAAAAUUAAAUCAACAGCUGAUUACCCCAAUGAGAAAUUAUUGGACAAUUUGAGGAGGAUUUUGUUUCAUUCUGGAGACAGUAAUGAGAGUACCAAGGCAAUUCUUAAUGAUGUGGCAAUCCUGCAGAUUAUUUUUUAUUCAAAUCAACAAGGCACAGAGCAAUUGUUGUCGGAAGCUCUUGAUUUCAUAGAGAAACAGGUUAACGAAGGCAACAAUUUUCAGAAUUAUUUUUCAAUUCUUGAGGUUCUUUCUGAUGCUGUUGCUUUGCAAACAAAGUUAAGCAGUGAAACUGGAGGAUUUGUCUCUACUAAAUUACUGGAGACUAUCAAAUCGUGGUUCCAAAUGAUCGAUGAGAAUAAUUCCCAGGUGUGGAGGCCCUUCAUAUCGCUUCUCUUCAAGCUCACGCGAGCAAUUAAUCCUCCAGUAGUUUUAACCAACGUAUUAUGGGAUUGCAUACAAGGAUAUACUCAGCAUACAGACGAGAAAUCCUUAACACUUUUGUGCGGAAUGAUUGAUGAUUUUUUCUCAAACAAGUCUAAAGAUGUUCUAGAGCUGAAUAUAAAGUCAAUUCUGAGUGGCAGAGUUUCCCUUCUUAUUUCUGAUCACCUCACAUCGAACGUCCAAUUACACAGAAAACAAGCGCAGUAUGUCUUGAAGAAGAUCGUUGAUUAUCUAAGAGAACAUCCUCAGGAAAUGACUGAGUGGAUUCGGAAAAUGGAAAAAUGCAAGGCAAAGGACGGGAGACAAAACGAGGCAGAGGAACAACUAAAGCUUCCCUUCAUUUUCUGUGAAGAUGGUAACGUCAGCAUUGAAGAAAUAAAGAGCAAUUAUUUUGUGUUAUUGGAGAGUUUAGAAGAGAAACAGGCGCACCUAGUCCUUCCUGCCAUGGCCCACUUGGAUAAACUCCUGGAGGCAAGUACCAUCCAUAAAUCCUUGCUCGACAGAACCUGGGUGAAAUGCAUUUUCGCUCGCGUCUUGAAUCAUGACAACAACGGCGUCAUAAAAGCAGGACUCAGUGCUCUCCUACGAGUAGAUUUACACAUUUUCGACGAUGGAUUCGCAGCGCUAUUAGUGGAGACUCUGAAUAAAACGUUCCUAUACGAAGAUCAGAGCUCAGACCCUCAUCCCCAGGUCCUCAAGGAUUUAUCAGAGUUUUUCAUCAAGGCAGAAUCGUCAGGAAUUAAUUUAACCAGCAGAUUUAUUAUUAAAGCAUCGAAAAUCAAUUGGUCACCUAUUCCACUGGUUUAUGUGCUCGAAGCUCUGGGAAAUAACAAAGAAAUGCCUGAUGUGGAACACAAUGUUUGGGGUGGGGAAGAAUUGGAAGCUCUGAGGGUAAUAACAGAGAAAUGUGUGAAGCAGCUGAUAAAAAUAAUGAGAAUCCCAGCCCAGAUAAAUAUUCUGAGAUGCAUUACGAUUUACGUGAAACCACCACUGGAUUUCGUCGCUAUUGGAAGAAUACUCCCCUCUAUCGUCAGUGACGGAGUACUGACACGAGGAAACGAAUACUGGAAAUUACUCGCAAAUUACUUGAAGAAAAAUACUGAAGAGUCGACGGCGGUGAUAUCUAUAUCCAAGUGCUGCGAAUAUUUCCUGAAGAGUGGAACUGAUGAUACAGACAUGAACGCUCUAGCCAUCCUGAUUAUUCUCAUGUGUGACACAGGGAAUGUAUUGUUUAAAGCGUCUAUUACUUCGAAUUGUUUGUAUCCAAUAUUUGUACCGAUCGUUGAUGCAUACAAGAGACCGUACGCAGACCAUUCACUGUUCCACAAAGCCUUGCAGAUGAUAGGCUGUUUGAUGGAAUUGUCAUCCCGAGAAGAUGAUCAUUACAUCGCAUCAAUCUUCGGAUUUUCACAGUCCAUUUUCGACUUGAUUAUGAGCAGCCUCAGGUCUAAUUGGCCGAGUUUGUACGAAACGGGUAAAAUUCAUAUCAGGGCCCUCGCAGCUAUUCUAAGCAUCAAAGGUUCCUACACUGAAUCCAUCAACAGCAUGAUCAAUAUUGGAGACGAGGAGAUUCAGAAAAUCAUGGAACUUAUUAGUCAUCAGGAUACUCCUGUCAUUCGAUCAUGGUAUGCAUUGAACAUUCUGUAUUUAUUGGAUAACAGUAAGGGUUACGACGCUAUUUUCGGCAAUGCUCUUCCUAAAUUUCAUUCAAAUGAUGGAGACGGAAAAAUUGUGUCUGAAUGUUACGGUCUGGUGGCAAACAUUUAUCAUGAUUGUAUUGAAAGCAACAAAAAAUUACUUCAGGAAUCCUUGAAAGAAAUUUUGAAUGAAAAACUCAUGAUCCUGGCAGAAACCAAAUCUGAUGAAGCAGUUCCACAUAUCUUUGCAAUUCUAGAAUUCAUAAUUGAUGACUGGAUGGAUUAUGGAGAAAUAAUUAAUGAGUUCUCUGGAAUCAUUAGAGAUAUUAUCAACGUUUGUUGGAAGAAUUUGUGGGAUAUGAGUAAAACCAAAGUAUACUGGGACUCCGCUGAACUGCUAAUAAACCUGAUUUUCAGUAGAAAUUUCCUCGAGGUGGAUAAAUGCAGACAGAUGGCCGUAAAUUAUGUGAAUGACAUAAUUUUAAAAACUGACAAUUCUUCAGCAUUGAGAUGCUUGCUAUUCAGGAAGAUGUGUCAGAUACAAGUUGAUGAUAUAUACAUUUUUCGUGACGCAAUACUGUCAUCGCUUCUUCAGACAGAUGUCGGGAAAAUUAAUAAAAGAAUGGAAAUGCAAACAUGUUGCUAUAUAAUGAAAAAUCAUAAAAUUAAUUUUUUCAAGUAUAGUUUGGACUUCGGUUUGGGAGAGUACACAGAUGUGAUAACUAGGGCUUCAUUAGUGAUAUUGAUGACACGAAUGGCUGUCCAAGGGAAGGAAAACAUCGUGAAAUCCUACAUUCCACAGCUGCUCUCCAUGUUGGAGAAGCAAAAAAAUAAGAGAUACUUUGGGGACUCGAACGUGCACCGGCUGAAGUUUCGAAUAAUGCAGAUACUCGUAUUACUUUCUUGGAAAAUCACCGAAGAUGAUGCCAGAACUGUUCAUGAGGCCUUGACUCAACUAAUUCUGACUGAAAGCGACCAAUCAAGUGUUCGAAUUAUGAAAGAGUGGAUUUUGGCACGUCUCUACACCCACCAUGAACCAUUACGUGAUCUUAUUUGGAAUUUGUUCCCUUCAGCACGUAAAAACCGACCAGGAAGCCUUACAUCUUUCGUAUCAAUCGUGUAUCAUGUAGCCAAAUCUUUAGGUAAAUCCAAACAAUUGGAAUACGUUCGAAAGGCUAUAACUCAUAUCCUGCCUAGCUGCUUCUGUCAGCAAUUCAUAGUUCGAUUGUACUCUCAAGUAAUAUUGAGCAAAUUGUUGGAAAUCAUGGAUAGGAUUUCGCCAAAGGAAUCAAAGAAGUACGAAAGUAUCAGGGAAGCUGUGCAGGAGAGUCUCCGAUAUGGAAACUUGAUGACUAAUUCUGUGAAGUUACUUGACAACUUCUAUUUCUCCAAGUUUGACUCGGAGGAAAAUUGGGAUUUACACAGCAUUUUCUACCAAAUUCCAAGAUUAACGAAUGUUUCUGUGGAUGAAUGGAUCAGUGUUGAAGUAUUUCAGUUACUAUCAUUCAGGUACAUGCUAAAUGUCACUGUCCCUAUCCGUCACAAUCCGGAUAACGACUUGAGUGAAAUUGAAACUCCUACAGUAUUGAAAGAACCAGUAACCCCAGAUGCCGACUCAUCCCACAAUGAAGACUUCGCGGACAUUCAGAGGAAGAUCAUUCCAUCGACUUCAGGAAUUUCAACUACCGAUUCUAUGCCAACACUGAUGACCAGACAGAAAUUGAUAACAAACGAUACUGGUCUAAUCGUGAUUGCGACUUUAAUCGAGGGCUUCCCCAACCUGGGAGGCCUAGCCAGAACAGCAGAGAUCUUCUGUGCAAAGGAAUUGGUCCUGAAGAGCAAGAGAUACACAGAGAACAAAGACUUCCAGAGUCUGAGUGUUACUGCAGAGAAGUGGAUCACAAUAUCGGAGGUGAAGCCUCAUGAGCUACGUGAUUAUCUACUGGAGAAGAAGUCCAAGGGAUGGAAUUUGGUCGGUGCUGAGCAGACAAUCAACAGUAUCAAUCUUCUUGACAUGAAAUUCAACGAGAAGACAAUUCUCCUCUUGGGGAAUGAGAAGACUGGCAUACCAGCGAAUUUGAUUCAACUCUUGGACACGUGUGUGGAGAUUCCUCAGGCAGGAGUCGUUCGAUCUCUCAACGUACACGUCACUGGAGCCAUUUGUAUGUGGCAGUACGCACAGCAACAUCUUUUCUAACGUUUAUAAUUAUUCAUAAAGAGAAAAGUUUAAUGACAAACCAGAGAUGGGCUAUAAUAUUAUUUUUGGUAAUAUUAGCACAGGAAAUAGAUAUUAUUGUCAUUAA